AUGCACAGAGGAAGUUUGAAAACAGACGCUGAAAUUGUAUAUAAACAAAACAAAUUUCAUCAGAAAGAAUUGGUUAAAUGGGAGGCUGGAAGUGACUACGAUUCCCAAUGUACACAAAAUUGUAAUACCAACAACAACUCAUAUUUGAAUGUGGGAGAUUUGCCCGGGAUAUUUAACCUUCCUCCUUUGUAUGGGCCACCAAAAUGCUCUUCCCUCCACGUUUCUGGCUAUGACGAAAAUUUGUAUACCACACAACUUGACAUAUCCACCAUUCCCAAGGAAGUACAAGAAAGGGCUUCAAAAAUCGCUUUGGAAAUCCAAGAAACUCAGAGGGACUCCUUUUCCGAGGGGUCUGUAGAUGAGCCUGAUGUAUCUUCCCUAGUGGUUGAGGAUAGUGAUGGUCAUAUUUGUAGUACCUUUGGAUCAGCAUUGUCCCCAAUUGACAAUUCGUCGGUUAAUUCUAAUGUUUCAGAGCAUACAUGCAAGUCCCAAUUAAUACCCACUGCUCCACCUUCAUCACCCCUUAAAGAAUCAGAUCUGGAUUCUCACAAUUCAACCAAUAAUUGUAAGGGUACCAAGGCUCCUUUUAAAUUUAAUCCCAAUGCCGCAGAAUUUGUGCCAAUGGCCUACGGAAGGGGAUUAUAA